AUGUGCGACGGCGCCCUGCUGCCUCCUCUCGUCCUGCCCUUGCUGCUGCUGCUGCUGUGGGGACUGGACCCGGGCACAGGUAGCGCCCCCUCCCCCCGCCCCUCCUCUCGCGGCCACCUUCCCUCUGCCCUCCCGAGGCACCCUGGCGGCGCGGGGCGGCGGCGGACCGCCACACAUCCCGGGCAGAGGAGGCGCGGGCCGCGGCCAGGGGAGCGCGCCCUGCUGCUGCACCUGCCGGCCUUCGGGCGCGACCUGUACCUGCAGCUGCGCCGCGACCUGCGCUUCCUAUCCCGCGGCUUCGAGGUGGAGGAGGCGGACACCGCCGGGCGCAGAGGACGCCCCGCAGAGCUGUGCUUCUACUCAGGCCGCGUGCUCGGCCACCCCGGCUCCCUCGUCUCGCUCAGCGCCUGCGGCGCCCACGGCGGCCUGGUUGGCCUUAUCCAGCUUGGGCAGGAGCAAGUGCUAAUCCAGCCCCUCAACAAUUCCCAGGGCCCAUUCAGUGGACGAGAGCAUCUGAUCAGGCGCAAAUGGUCCUCGACACCCAGCCCGCCUGCCGAGGCCCAGGGCCCUGGGCAGCUCUGCAAGGUUCUCACAGAAAAGAAGAAGCUGAGGAGGGCCAGGCCAUCGCGGGACUGGCGGGAGCGAAGGAAUGCCAUCCAGCUCACCAAUGAGCACACGGUGGAGACACUGGUGGUGGCCGACGCCGACAUGGUGCAGUACCAUGGGGCCGAGGCUGCCCAGAGGUUCCUCCUCACCGUCAUGAACAUGGUAUACAAUAUGUUUCAGCACCAGAGCCUUGGAAUUAAAGUUAACAUUCAGGUUACCAAGCUUGUCCUGCUGCGACAACGUCCAGCCAAGUUGUCCAUCGGGCACCAUGGCGAACGGUCCCUGGAGAGCUUCUGUCACUGGCAGAACGAGGAAUACGGAGGAGCACGGUACCUUGGCAACAAUCAGGUUCCGGGAGGGAAGGACGAUACGCCCCCUGUGGAUGCUGCUGUGUUUGUGACCAGGACAGAUUUCUGUGUACACAAAGAUGAGCCGUGCGACACUGUUGGAAUUGCUUACUUAGGAGGCGUGUGCAGCGCUAAAAGGAAGUGUGUGCUUGCCGAGGACAACGGGCUCAACUUGGCUUUUACCAUCGCUCAUGAGCUGGGCCACAACUUGGGGAUGAACCACGACGAUGACCACUCCUCCUGCGCUGGCAGGUCCCACAUCAUGUCGGGAGAGUGGGUGAAAGGCCGGAACCCCAGUGACCUCUCUUGGUCUUCCUGCAGUCGAGAUGACCUUGAAAACUUCCUCAAAUCGAAAGUCAGCACCUGUUUGUUGGUGACGGACCCCAGGAGCCAGUACGCAGUGCGCCUCCCUCACAAGCUGCCGGGCAUGCACUACAGCGCCAAUGAACAGUGUCAGAUCCUGUUUGGCACCAACGCCACCUUCUGCAGAAACAUGGAGCAUCUGAUGUGCGCUGGCCUCUGGUGCCUGGUAGAAGGAGAUACAUCCUGCAAGACCAAGCUGGACCCUCCCUUGGAUGGCACCGAGUGUGGGGCAGACAAGUGGUGCCGCGCGGGGGAGUGUGUCGGCAAGACGCCCAUCCCGGAGCACGUGGACGGAGACUGGAGCCCCUGGGGCACCUGGAGCAUGUGCAGCCGAACGUGUGGGACGGGAGCCCGCUUCCGGCAGAGGAAAUGUGACAACCCCCCCCCUGGGCCUGGAGGCACACACUGCCUGGGAGCCAGCGUGGAGCAUGCGGUCUGCGAGAACCUGCCCUGCCCCAAGGGUCUGCCCAGUUUCCGGGACCAGCAGUGCCAGGCGCACGGCCGGCUGAGUGGCAAGAAGAAGGGCCUGCUGACAGCAGUGGUGGUUGAUGAUAAGUCGUGUGAACUCUACUGCUCGCCCCUCGGAAAAGAGUCCCCACUGCUGGUGGCCGACAGGGUCCUGGAUGGCACGCCCUGUGGGCCCUACGAGACUGACCUCUGCGUGCAUGGCAGGUGCCAGAAAAUCGGCUGUGAUGGUAUCAUCGGGUCUGCGGCCAAAGAAGACCGGUGCGGGGUCUGCAACGGGGAUGGCAAGACCUGCCGCGUGGUGAAGGGUGACUUCAGCCACUCCCGGGGGACGGCUCUCAAAGACUCCAGUAAGAGAUCAAUCAACAGUGACUGGAAGAUAGAACUCCCAGGAGAUUUCCAGAUUGCCGGCACAACCGUCCGCUAUGUGAGAAGGGGCCUGUGGGAGAAGAUUUCUGCCAAGGGACCAACCAAGAUACCACUUCAUCUGAUGGUGUUGUUAUUUCACGACCAAAAUUACGGGAUUCAUUACGAAUACACCAUUCCUGUAAACGACACUGCAGAAAAUCAAAGCGAACCAGAAAAACCGCAAGACUCCUUGUUCAUCUGGACCCACAGCGGCUGGGAAGGGUGCAGCGUGCAGUGCGGCGGAGGGGAACGCAGAACCAUUGUGUCAUGCACACGGAUUGUUAACAAGACCACAACACUGGUGAAUGACAGUGACUGCCCUCAAGCAAGCCGCCCAGAGCCCCAGGUCCGAAGGUGCAACUUGCACCCGUGCCAGUCACGAUGGGUGGCAGGCCCAUGGAGCCCCUGCUCAGCGACCUGUGAGAAGGGCGUCCAGCAUCGAGAGGUGACCUGCGUGUACCAGCUGCAGAAUGGCACACAUGUCGCCACCCGGCCCCUCUACUGCCCAGGCCCCCGGCCAGCGCCCGUGCAGAGCUGUGAAGGCCAGGACUGCCUGUCCAUCUGGGAGGCAUCUGAGUGGUCCCAGUGUUCCGCCAACUGUGGAAAAGGGACACGGAAACGCACUGUGACAUGCACUAACUCACAAGGAAAAUGCGACGCGUCCAUGAGGCCGAAAGCUGAGGAGGCAUGCGAGGACUACUCCGGCUGCUACGACUGGAAGACUGGGGACUGGUCCAAGUGCUCGUCAACCUGUGGGAAGGGCCUGCAGUCCCGUGUGGUGCAGUGCAUGCACAAGGUCACCGGGCGCCAUGGCAGCGAGUGCCCUGCCCUCUCCAAGCCGGCAGCCUACCGACAGUGCCACCAGGAGGUCUGCAACGACAAGAUCAACGCCAACACCAUCACCUCCCCUCGCCUCGCUGCUCUGACCUACAAAUGCACGCGGGACCAGUGGACGGUGUAUUGCCGGGUCAUCCGAGAAAAGAACCUCUGCCAGGACAUGCGGUGGUACCAACGCUGCUGCCAGACCUGCCGGGACUUCUAUGCCAACAAGAUGCGCCAGCCGCCUCCACCACCAAGCUCAUGACGCGCGGCCUGGCAGUCGCUCAGCACUCUGGUCUGAGGCCUGGCGUUUAGUGAGUGGAAAGGCCACCCACCAACAGUUUACCAGCCCUGAGGCCAGGACCCCCCACAGCACGCUGUGCUCCCCAAAGCCGCCCCGGAAUCCAGUCGCUUAGAACUUGAGAGUGGACUUGAUGUUUGCCAUUAGUGCUUUUGUACUUAAUAUAUUGUAACAGCCACUGGAUGGCUUUCUACAGUAAGGAAAAAAUAGGCAUGAGUCACAAAAUAAUGAUAAUUUCUAAGGUUCCGUGUACCUCAAAGGGGAACGCCUCUGGCAGACAGUUGUCAGAAGAGAGAGACGUCAUGCAGCACUUCUGUCUCGGCUUUCUUUUGACACUUGAGUUCCCAGUGCUUGAUGUACCAUGGGGGGAAUAGCCCCAAAAUGAGACAUUUCAUGUUAAAAGAGGCUUUAUUCUGACAGCCAGCAACACCCCGGAUGGAAGGACAGAUGUCAGUGAGUCUGUGAUAAUGGCUUCUCUGGAGAGGGCUGGGCUGCCAGAGCCCACGUUCCCUUUAGUCUAACUUUCUUGACAACACAAAAAUCAGGACUUUGCCUCUCUGCCCAUCUCUGAGAACAGAUUCUCUAAAUCCUGGGCCAUCCAUGCCUUGGAAGUCUUGGCCCUGGGAGUUUAAUCUGCGUGGGUCAAAAAGGACACCAGCGCCAAGUAUUUCUCCACACCACUCGUGUGGGGAGAAUAUUCUACGAGGGUCUGGGUUUGGGGAGGCAUCGAAAUUUCAGAGCUCUGUUGUCCACCACGUAGGGAAAGAGGGGAGACUUUCUUCAAGGUGCUGUGACACAGGACACAUGCCUAUUGUGGCGAUGGCAUUGCUUCCUCACAUAAAGGAGCUCAGGACAGCUUUGUCAGGGGUGCGUGGGCUACCCCUCUGCUUGAUGGGGACAUCCACUGUAGCCAGCACUCCAUGAAGCUUUGCACCUUAUAGAUGCUGUGUCACACCCCAGCAGCUUUCCAUUGACCUUGGCUGUUUAUCCAAAGUUAAAAUUACAUUUAGGACCUUCAAGGAUGCAAGCUCAGGCCUGGGAUCUGCAGAGUCAGGCCUGACUAUUUCUGGCAUGGGGUGGGUUUCCUCUGUGAACCACUCAGCCUGGCGCACCAGGGCCAUGGGAGGGCCACCACCUGGCUGGGCUCGCUGCACACCCUCUGAGCCCUCCCGUAGGCCAGACUUUGCAGUGCCUGUUGUUGUCAUGGCUGUCACUGUUGACCCAUCUUCUGGGUGGGGCCAGGAUGAUGCUCAGAAAGGCAUGAAGUCAUCUUUCCCUCCUGCAGCCCCCUCAUCCCUGCCACAGAGCUCUUCCCUCUCCCGAAGUCCAGAGCAAAUGACCAGGGUGCCUCUUUUUGAGAGCAAAGAAGAUCGUAGGACCCUGCCUGCCGCAGGAAGCCAGACUGGGGGCAGAGACCCCAAAUUUUAGGACUGCCUUGCUCACCAACUUGGUGGGCAUUUCCUGGGUGCUUGUGUUCUAAGACUUUACCAUGAGAAACCCCCUUUCUCCCCCCAGAUUUCAGACAGAGGCUUGCACUUGGGCUCAUUUCCAUGGGAUCAGCUCCAAGUGCCUCUUGAUUUAUUGGUGCUGUGUCUGUUUUCUGUUUUAUUUUUUAAUGUCACAACUUUAGGGUUAGCUUAAAUUAGAAGGAAAAAAAAAAGCCACCUCUCUGCCUUCUCAACCUUAUCGUAUGAGCUAUGCUUUUGUUUUUGAUUUUUAAUACCCCAGAGGCAGAGACGUGGUGGGGAUGGCAGGGAAUUUAUUCAGUUCUGCUUGAAUCAACAGACAGUUGUGAGAGACCCCCCCCCCCCCUAGGUGCUCUGUAGAGAAAACUAGGAGAAUGUCAGGACGGAGUGGCCCAUCCUGUGGGGUAACACCAGGGCCUGUGCAAAACACUGUGUUCCCCAGCUCAGGCCUGGCCACCAGCAGACUCCCUGAAUCCAUUUCCACAAAAUUCUCAAACUUGGGGAGCUGGAGUUCAAUUUUUCCUCAGCUCCAAAUGGGCUGUAAAUUUACCAAAUGACAUUAGCCUUUUAGAGCCAAGGAACAGAGCCAGGGCAGCCAGCUAAGGAAACCACAGUGGCCUCAUUGCUCAUCUGCGUGGGCCCACCCAGGCCAAGCAAGCACGUGCAUGUGCCCUAGGUGGGCACUUACCCUGGUGCCUCUGACUCUCCCCCUGGCCACCCUGACUGUAUCAACUGGACUCCCCUGGUAAGGGCCCCAUAAGCUCAGAAUGAAAAUGGUUGGUUCAGUGAUUGUUAAACAGCCCAUUGUUUCCCCAAAGUCUGCAUCUUUCUGAGCUCUUUUAGCUCACACCAGCGCUGGCACUUUGAAACCCACCAGCCCGCCUUCUGUGUAUGGCUCUAGCGAUGAUUUAUUUCAUGAAGCCGUCUCAACACUCUCGUUCCACCUUAUACAGAGACAUUGAAACUUUGAUUACAACAGCGAUGUCUCUGUAGGGUUAACAAGACCUUGUACUGUCACUCAAGUACUGUACCUGUGGUUGCACAGGUGUGUUACUAGUUCGAGUCUCACGAUCUUAUGGUGCUAUUUUUAUUGGUGCAGAUUGAAACCCUCUCAGCUGACCGUGGCUUGAUAGUAGCAGAACACAGGAAGAGAUCCUCUACGUCAAUAAUAUCAUUGUUCUUUUUUUUCAGUUCAGAGUCAAAUGUAUAUAUUUUUUAUUAGUUAACUUACAUUACAUACUGUACCCAUGGUAUUUUUCUUUUACUUUUUGGUGCUGGUUUUGAAAGGAAAAAAAAAAAAAAAACAGAAGACAAACAUUGGAUGCCAUUAUACAUGAAAAAUGAAUCAUAUCAUUGGAAGCAAGUUGACUAUUUGUAAUAAAAUGUUUUCCCAUAACA